UCCUAUCAUCACAAACAUUAGAUACAUUAUUGUUAAGCCAAAACAUAGGUAGCCAUUGAAGAAAAACAAAACCAUGGAUAGAGAACAAGAAGAGAUGCAAUUUCUAGGACUCUUUGGAAUCUACAAAGAAUCCUACAAGAUCAUAAUUUCAUGGAGGAAAAUCUUCAGCCAAAUCACCUUAACUCUCAUCCUCCCUCUUUCCUUCAUCUUCCUUAUUCACAUACAAAUAUCCAACAUCCUCUUCAGAAAGAUUAUGAACAACACAAAUGAAAUUUUGGAAACACAACAAGGCACACCUCAAUACCAAAAACUUUCCGACAUAAUCACUUCCGAAUGGACCACUUUCUUGCUCUUUAAACUUGUUUACUUCACUUCUCUUCUAAUCUUCUCUUUGCUAUCAACCUCUGCAGUGGUUUAUACAAUAGCAUCUAUUUAUACUGCAAGAGAGGUAACAUUCAAAAGGGUCUUCGGUGUUGUACCAAAGGUUUGGAAGAGACUCAUGGUCACUUUCUUAUGCACAUUUUUUGCAUUUUUUGUGUAUAAUACUUUGGCAAUACUAGUUUUCAUUAUUUGGGCACUUUCAAUUAAUUAUAAGAGUGGGGGUGUUGCAAUUUUAGUUAUUAUUGGAAUCUUAUACUUUGUUGGGAUUUUGUAUCUUACAAUAAUUUGGCAAUUAGCUAGUGUUGUUACCGUUUUAGAAGACUCAUAUGGAUUUAAGGCCAUGAUGAAGAGUAAUAAUUUGAUAAAGGGGAAAAUUGGUUUGUCAACACUUAUAUUUUUGAAGCUUAAUGUUUCAUUUUUUGGGAUACAAUUUUUGUUUACAAAGUUGGUUGUGAAAGCUUGGGGGUUGACUUUGGUGGACAGAACAGCAUAUGGAAUACUAUGUUUUGUGUUGUUGUCACAUUUGUUUUUGUUUGGGCUUGUUAUCCAAACGGUUCUUUAUUUUGUUUGUAAGUCUUAUCAUCAUCAAAGUAUUGACAAGUCUGCUUUGUCUGAUCAUCUUGAAGUUUAUCAUGGAGAGUAUGAGCCUUUGAAGGAUAAAGAUGUUCAGCUGGAGAAUUACCAUGUGUGAUGUAGGUUGAUAAAAAAAAAAAAAAAAAAAGUGAAUUAUUGUUUUAUGAAAUUUAUUGAAUAAUUCAAGCAGAUAUGUAUGAGUAAUGGUGAAUUAUUUACGAGGAUUAUCUGUAACCAUAUAUUCUUAAUGAAUCCUUCGAGUUUGGUUCACGUUGA